CAGAAGAACAAGGGCAAAAUUCUUUUAGAAUACGAAUUCGACAACAAACUACUGACAAAUUUAAAAAAAAUAAUGAACAACUUAAAGAAAAUAACAAUGAAGAAAACGAAAAAUUCAGGAUAAAUCGAUACCAAUAUGAACCAGCAUACACUCGACAAAAAUACUCAAACGCUGGAUGUUCAAAAUCAGAAAUAAUGGGCAAACCAAGUAAAGAAAAAAUAGCGGCAUUUACAGCAACGAUGCAAAGAAAUAUAGAAGGCAUACUGAAAAAUAACUCAAGGAUAAACAAUGAAAAAAAAUUAAACAACACAGAUAGCCAGAGCAAACCUUUAUAA